ACGUUUUUUAAUGGUUAUCCAACAAGAAUAUCAUCAUCAUUGUUCCAUUGAAGCCUUUAUCAAAUCUUGGUCGGCGUUUGGUGAUCAUGCCAGCAAUUUGCUGUGGUUUGGCACCAAAUUUGUUUGGUCUCAAACCAUUAAAAUUUGUCCGGGGACUGAAAACCUAUCAUAAAUCUAGGGCAUCCAAGAAUCAAAAGGAAAUGAAAGGCUCCAGGAAGAAAAGUUCAUUUCAACCAAUAUGCAACUUCAUUCUGAUGAUGGAGCUUAGGAAAAAAAUUUUAACCUUUAGAGACAUCAUUGACCUACCACCUUGUAGCACCUCUGUUAACACAGAACAGCUGCUGAUAGCGACAAUGAAAGAUCUCCAUAACUUCUACCCUGAAAGCUUACCCCACUUCCGAGGGUUACAAUUGAAAGGAAGAGCUCUUAAUAAGCUGCUGAUCUGCUUUUGCAAGGCAUUGCAAGGCCUUGGAGACACGUCAAAGAUGUGCGAUGAGUCGAUAGACAAACAUGAAUAUGACAUAUAUGAGAAUGGGAAAUGCAAAAAUGUUGAUAAACUCGUUGAAAUUGCUGUGGCCAAACUCAAUGGCUUGAUUAAGAUAGCAAGAGAGAAAUUUGAUAUGUUGGAUGAAGAUGACGAAAACAAAGAUUUCGGUCCAAAGGCUAACACAUUUGGAAAGGUCUUAAAGGAUUCUUAUUCUGACAACAGCUCCGGCUGCCCUUCUCCAGUGACACCAACUUCAGUCCUUCCCGAGUUGAAGAAUGGUUCUCCAAAAUCUCCUUAUUCCUCGCCUCUUCUGUUGUCUCUCAGGGUUCAAUCGCUGGGGAAACUGAAUCCCAUUGAUGUGAAGCGACUCACGUUACAUAUGCUUCCAAAUGUUGGACUCCAACUUCCCAGCUGUUUGAAACAAAAUAAGAUUACCGUUGAGGAACAAAAGGAAGAUGCAAAGGGUAAUAUAUCAGUGAAAGAAGCAUCAAUUGUUGAUAAAACCAGAGAUUCUACCACUCCUAAUGAGACAUCAGAGGAUCCACUUUCUAAUUCAGACAACGCUUCUUGUGAUGGAACUACUGAUGGAAGCAAUACAGCACAACCAAAGUUCCCACCACAUGUAGCACCAACACUAUCAUCAUCACCAUCUGUGAUGCAACCUCCCAAGUUGUCGACAAACAUGGAAGUAGCUGCAGAAAAAUAUCCAGCAACACCAGCAGAAGUUUCAUCGCCACCCCCACCUUCACAGGGAGCAAAGUUGUCAACAGACAUGGAGACAGAGAUAGGACUACUUCCACCACCACCAGCACCAUCAGCAGAAGUUUUAUCGCCACCCCCACAAUCACAACCGACAAAGUUGUCAACAGAUAUGCAAGUAGACAUAAGACCACCACCACCACCACCGUUCUUGCAGCCAAAUGUAGUAUCAGGAGGAUCACCAGUGCCCCCGCUCCCACCCCCAAUUUUGCAACCAACUAUAGAAGGCGCACAACCAACAUUAGUAGCAACAGAAUCACAGUUGCCCUCACCACUUUCAACGCUGUCGCUGACAAAUACAGCCGCAACUGGAGUAACAUUGCUGCCGCCAACACCACCUCCAGCCCCAUUGAAUUCAAAUUUAGUGGCGACAGGGGCACCCCUUCCUCCACCUCCUCCACUCCCAUUGCAGUCAAAAGUAAUGGCUACCGGGGCACCACUUCAACCACCUCCUCCUAAUGUAUCCGGAAGUCCAUCAGGAAUAUCACCACCCCCACCACCCAUGAUGCUUUCAAAAGGAUCAGGAUCAUUGCCACCACCAUCGCCACCCAUGUCACAGGAGAAUGGGGCUGCUCCACCACCUCCUCCACCUGCUGCGGUGAAAUUCUUGCGCCACAAGAAAGCAAAUACUAAAUUGAAGAGAUCAAGUCAUAUGGGUAAUCUAUAUCGGGUUCUUAAGGGAAAAGUGGAAGGAUGUCCUGUGCAAGGCAAAUCAUCAAAUGGAAAAAAGAGUGGGGUUGGAAGCAGCCCCAGUGGGAAACAAGGGAUGGCUGAUGCAUUAGCAGAGAUGACAAAGAGAUCAGCUUACUUCCAACAGAUCGAAGGAGACGUUGAGACAUAUGCAAAAUCAAUCACAGAGCUCAAAACUACCAUAAGCACAUUCAAAACAAAGGACAUGACUGAGCUGCUCAGGUUCCACAAACAUGUGGAAUCCAUUCUCGAGAACUUAACAGAUGAAACUCAGGUUCUAGCAAGGUUUGAAGGCUUCCCCACAAAAAAAUUGGAAGCAUUAAGGACAGCGUCAGCACUUUACUCAAAGUUAGACUCAAUUAUUGCUGAACUACAAAACUGGAAGAUUGAGCCUCCUUUGGGACAGCUCCUUGACAAGGUCGAGCGUUACUUCAACAAGAUCAAAGGGGACAUAGAUGUCCUUGAGCGAACCAAAGAUGAAGAAUCCAAGAAAUUUAAGAGCCACAAUAUUGAUUUUGACUUCCAAAUUCUUGUACGAAUCAAAGAAGCAAUGGUUGAUGUUUCCUCCAACUGCAUAGAGUUGGCAAUGAAGGAGAGAAGAGAAGUAACGUUGGCAAACAAUGAAGGGUCCAAAACCAAACCUGAAGCACAAAGGAAGGGGUGCCCUAAAAUUCUGUGGAGAGCUUUCCAAUUCGCUUUCCGGGUUUAUACAUUUGCCGGAGGACACGAUGAUCGUGCAGACAAACUGACCCGAGAACUGGCUAACGAAAUUGAUGAUCCUCAACACCAGUAAUAAUAAUACCCAUGUAAAGCAUAGUAUAGAACAUAUACCAAAUUCAUAAUAAUAUAGCACAUAUACCAUUUCCAAUGGCUUUGUAAAUUAACGCUACUUUUGUUCGAGCCGUGAUUUUGAUGAACUAGGAAAUUAAAACUGCUUCAGGAGUUUGAAACAGGCUUUAAAGAAACCAGCAAACUCCUCCGCUUGAGAUUGUUAAAUGCUAAUGUAAUAGUAUUCUGGAUGCUGAACCUUUAGUUUUUUUUUGUGAGAAAUGAUGAUUACAGGUUACGGAUUGUCAGAUUCCAGAGAAGACAGAAGCCAAGCCAAUCCUGAGGUAGUCCUUGUCUGUUCUUUUCCGAAUUCAUGGACCACAUCCUGUCUAACGUUGACAUGAAGAUGAUGAUGAAACCAUAGAAAAUGGGGUCUCUUCCCGUGCAGAA